AUGUACUGCGAACGCCUCCUUUUCUGCAGAUCUUCCGUGAGAUCUAUCCGGCGGAUUUUGUCUCCUCGCCAGUCUGGUGUUGUUGGUCUUUGCUCGUGGUGGGCUUUCGUCUACCUCGGCCAGCCUUCGGUGUCCUGCUCCUUUCGGCUCACUUGGAUCGAUCCCGUUUCGGCUUACGGUAUUUGCUUUCCUUUUGAAGAUGUUAUUUCCUCGCCUGCAAGAGUUUUUGUCUCUCUGGUUCUGCCUUUUGUCGCCUGCCUUCCUUUUGGCCCCUCUGCUGUAUUGCUUUCUUCUUUCUAG